UUAUAUUAGUGCAGACCACUGUACCUUUAAUUUAAAUGCCCUUUGGAGUCUGCUGGGAGAAGAGAACAUAAUACCGUCAGUCAGUAUGACAUGCAGAUGAGUGCCGUCGUUCUUAGAAUCACCGCACACUUCACUCAUUUGGGCAGUCAUGGGGCCACAACCAGAGUGUGGAGCCACAGUGGUGGGCGGUGGAGUGCUUGGCAGCAAUGGGAGGCCAUGACAGCACCCUAUGACAAAAUGGAAACCCCCAACAGUGUAAGGAGACCUGAAAGUGGCACAUGGCAGAGUCUGCGAUGAAGUUUCAGCAUCAAUGGGAGGCCGUACAGGGACCCAU